UUGUAGCGGGCAAGCGGGGAAUUUUGUAUGGUGAAUAUGGUGUGGGUGUGCAUUUGCAAGUGCAUGCACAUGAAUUAUAUCUUAACCCCACCAUGUUAUCACUUCAUACCGUCACGUAUUGAUGCAUGUGCGCUAUAGACAUGAAACCUUUGCAUGAAACGUGGAGGACAAAAAAAUAUGCUAGGGACAAAAAAAAGAACGCAGUUCUCGGUGCCAGUAACAACUUUGUUCAGGCGUCGCGGAAAACGAUCACCCACACUGCUUGUGAAACACCAGAACUUUCAUUGGGCGCAAGUUUUCAGAAGGAUGGACUCGACAGUGACAUUUUGGCUGCCAUUGAGAACAUGGAACGGAGCUUUCAGGCUUCAGAUCAAAGACCCCCUACUGCUCAAAUGUGUAAAACAAGUCUUCAUGGCACAUCAACGCCCAAUGGGCAAUCAAGCAUGGAAAAAUCGCCACAUGUUUGCCUGUCGCCAAUUGCACCAUCCCAGCAGCCACCCUUAGGUACUCAGAACAAUGCGAGUCCUGCAAUAACGGCAACACCGGACCCUCAUCUGCUCCGCAACUGGGGCUUACCUCAUGAAAUUGUCUCUGUGUAUGAGAAGCACGGCCUUGUGCAGAUGUUUCCGUGGCAAGUGCAGUGCCUUACUCUGGAAGGUGUGCUUAGCAAUGGAGCGAACCUGGUUUAUUCUGCACCAACUAGUGCAGGGAAAACAUUGGUAGCAGAAAUCCUGAUGCUGAAGAGGGUUCUGGAGACACGGACAAAGGCCCUCAUUGUAUUACCAUUUGUGUCGGUUGCUAGAGAAAAAAUGCAUUCAUUGCAAGCACUCUUCAGAAAUGCAGGAUUGAAAGUGGGAGGCUACAUGGGUAACCAUCGUCCUACAGGCGGCUUCGCUGCUGUUGAUGUUGCCGUUUGCACCAUAGAGAAAGCUAAUAGCCUCAUCAAUCGUCUCGUGGAAGAAGGCGCACUUAAACUUUUAGGCACAGUUGUUAUAGACGAGUUACACAUGGUGGGAGAUGCCAGCCGAGGGUACCUUCUGGAGUUGCUGCUUACAAAAAUAAUGUACAUGCAAAAAAGGGGGAAAUCGCAAGACAAGAAAAUACAAGUUAUCGGCAUGAGUGCCACUCUUCCCAAUCUUCAAUCCCUAGCCCGCUGGCUGGACGCGGCUUUGCUGAGCACGGAUUUUCGGCCUGUUCCUCUUAAGGAGAUGUUCAAAGUGGGACCGGACAUUCUUAUUGGGUCUUCACUGGAGCAUGUGAGGUCUUUGGUUGGCGUCCCAGAAGCUUCGCUGCCAAACGACCCCGAGCAGCUAAUGUACUUAUGUCUGGAGACCCUGAUGUCCGGGCACGCAUUACUAGUCUUCUGCCCAACCAAAAAGUGGUGCGAGUCCCUGGCAAACACGCUGGCUCGGUGCAUUUUUGAUCUGGGCCGUCAAGUGGGACGAGGCAUGCUGCCCCCAGCACACGAACGAAUGGGCGAGAAGCUCCGCGAACUGCUUGAUAGCGGUAAAAUAUCGGACGUGCUCGACCAACUACGUCAGACGCCUGCUGGACUUGAUUCAGCACUUUCGUGCACAGUUCCCUAUGGUGUAGCAUUCCAUCAUGCUGGUCUCACAAUGGACGAGCGUGACGUAAUUGAGGGGGCCUUUCGGCGCGGUGUCCUCAAGGUGAUCGUGGCAACAUCAACACUAUCAUCCGGUGUAAACCUUCCAGCACGGAGAGUGAUUAUAAGGACACCAAGGUUUCAUGGUGCUCCGAUUGACAUGCUUACUUACAAACAAAUGGUGGGGCGUGCCGGCCGUAAAGGGAUUGAUACUGAGGGUGAAAGCAUCUUGAUGUGCAAGGAAUCAGAGAGAAGUAUGGCAGAGCAGAUAAGCCACUCCGAGUUGAAACCAAUUGGCUCGUGUCUUGGAAGGGGUGGUGGUGGCCUAAGUUCAAGUUUGAAAAGAGCCAUUUUAGAGGUAAUUGCAAGCGGAGUAGCGACAUCCACGGAAGAUCUUUUCUGCUACACACGCUGCACUUUGCUGCAUGCAGUCAUGAAAGGGCAGAAGGCCAGUCCUUCUUGUGAAGUGGCUGAAAGCGAAAAGGCUGAACCUAUACAUGAAUGUGUUCAGUUCUUGGUUGACAAUGAAUUCAUUCACCUUCAAGGUGAAGAUGACAACAGGCGAUACGCUCCUACUCAACUCGGAAGAGCUGUGUUAGCUUCUUCCCUCUCUCCUGACGAGGGACUGUGCGUCUUGCGAGAGUUACAGCAAGCUCGGCAGAGCUUUGUCCUUGAAAAUGACCUCCACCUUAUCUAUCAAGUUACCCCCAUUACUCUCAGCGCUCAGCUGAACGACGUUGAUUGGACGCAUUACCUGGAGCUUUGGGAGCGCCUUCCCCCAGACAAGCGUCGGGUGGCUGACUUAGUUGGGAUCGAGGAGCGUUUCCUGGUGAAAGCUGCAAGGGGAAGGGGAACAUCAUUGGGUCCCCGUCAAGCCAGAGCCAUGGCAGUGCAUUUGCGCUUUUACGUGGCUCUGGCACUGGAAGAGCUGGUGCAAGAGGUGCCUCUUCCAGUCGUAGCUGCGAAAUACGGCUGUCCUAAGGGACUGCUCCAGUCUUUGCAGCAGAGUGCUGCUACCUAUGCUGGAAUGGUGAGCGUGUUUUGCAAACGUUUGGGAUGGCACAACAUGGAACUGCUGGUGUCCCAGUUCCAAUCCCGGUUGCACUUUGGAGUCCAACCUGAGCUCUGCGAAUUGCUUCACCUUCCAAGCCUAGAUGGACGCCUUGCUCGCCAACUUUAUGACAUGGGACAAACAGAUCCUGCCACACUAGCACAGCUGGAGCCUCAAGACCUGGAACUGUUGCUGAAAAAUGCUGGGCCCUUUCAGAGUGCAAAGCAUUCAGAAGAGGACAUCAAAGUACAAGGGCAGAAGACGCCUCGCAGGCGUGUUUGGUUAGUGGGGCAUGCAGGUCUGACCGAGCUUGAAGCAGCUCACGUCAUAGUGAAGGAGGCAAGAGCAUUCGUCGAGGAAACUCUGGGAGCCAAAGUAAACUGGGCAAAGUGCGCUGAAGUGAAUCAAAGUGAACCCUCAAAACAGCCAAAGGAGGUCCCAGAUAUAGGAAUUACUGCACUGGAGGGAAAGGCAGAUGUACAGAAUGUCAUUGCUGAGGUCACUGGUGUUGAGGGCAGAAGUCACAUAAAAUCGGGAGUCUCAAAAAAAUCUGCGCAGCAAAAUAGUCAAAACUCGUCAGCAGUCCAUCCUUCUAGUGCAGUCGAAUGCGCUCGCAAAAAUGAAGAGAAUGUUGAAGAGCACAACAGGGAGCCAUUCCCACAAUCACAAGGCGAACAUCACCUGCGUGAAGGUGCUAUAGAAGACUCACAUCCUGUUUGUGUGGAACCAACUAACAGAGACAAAAGUGUAGUUCAGGAGCGCAGUUCAAAAGGAUGUUCGUCUGCUGAAGACCAAACGCGCGAGAAACAAGAAGAAGAUAGCGUAAGUGAUAUUGGUCUUGACUCAGUUCAGUGGCUUUGUUUCUCAUCAGAAGACAGCAUAUGCAGAGACAGCCCAUUUAACGAGAAGAAAGUGCCGAAGCGUGGCGAUGUAACAGUAACAAGGAGUACGUGUAGCAGCCAACAACUGAAGCACUCUUCAAAGAUAUCCCAAACAAACACUCGAGGGAAUGCGAAUAAGGAGCCAACACAGAGGACAUCUGUAUCUGCGAGUCCGUUUCUUCAAAAUACGUGUCUAUCUACCAGAGCUAGUGGGAAAGCUCAGCCUUAUCCUGAGGAUAUACGCGGACAAGGACCGGUGGCUGCUGAUGAUGAGGCAUAUGCAAUGAGUGAAACACUCUUCCUUGACACUCAGACGGUAAUGGCAUUAGAUGGCGCCUGUACUGUGGGUAUGCUAAAGGAGAACAAGCCACUUGAAGAUUGUGCAGUAAAGAGAACACCAAAUGUGACAGGCACUCAAAACAGACAGUCCAUGAACACCCGACCAUGUCUACAAGAUACGGCAAAACAGGCUUUUCAGGUUAUACCUGAGAGCGAGGACCUUUUCUCAUCGCCGGUGACUGAGUUUCCAGCAAGACAGAGUUUGCCGUCACUCACAGAAUCUGAGAAGGAGCUUUUCUCAGCAUCCUCAUCUCCAUUCAGCCUGCAAUCCCCCGAAAAAUGUGCAAAAGAUGACGUACAAUAUACACCAAAAGAACAGCACGACGCAUCUCAGCCAAGGACUCCACUUGUGCUGCGUCUAUCCCCGUUUUCUUCGGGGAGCUGCAGUUCAAAGAGGUCUUCAUCGCCGGAAACAUCUCAAGAAAAAUCGCCAAAGCUGCUCAGACUAAGUUCAGACUGCGAGAUAUUUACGCCAGAUAACAGCGGCACCGAUAUCUGUUCACCACCAGCUCUUCACACAUCGGAUGUGUCUAGUCCAGGUCAUAGUGUUUCACUGCAGAUACUCUUGGAGAAAUUUUGUGUCGUGAAUGUCGCAAGCGACAAUCACGCGCUCAACAGCUUUACAAAGGAGUGCAGGCGCAGGUCGUAUUUUGCUCUCUGGCUCGUGUUAGAAGAGUACAAGAAACAGCCCUCCAAUAGCGAAGGUAUUGGACCCCGAAAAAGUAUGAGGAUGAAAGCGAAGGAGAACUGUGCUCCUGCACCUCUUGUUUUUGACGGGAAAGAACUUGUUGCAGUGGUUGUGUUCUGGGGUGGAUACAAAGCUCACUACCUGAAACUCAAACAAUCAAAUUGCAACAUGAAGACUUGUCCCGUGAGCACAACUGAACCAGGUGUUCAGCAAGCCGAGGUUCUCCAGGUUGUUGACAGCUUGAUAAGGGCAGGGGCAACCAUUGGUGUAUAUGACGCGUUGAGAACGUUCAAAAUACUGAAUGCGGGAUGUGGCGUUCAGUUUGAUGUGGGUUGUAAAUGGGAAGAUCCAAAAGUGGCACACUGGCUUCUGGAUACAUCAGAGACACAACCCCAUUUCAGUGCACUUGCUAAGAAGUGGACUCCACAUUUGCUAUCUUUCCUCAGUGGGGAAACAUCUAUGUCUCCAGUUUCGUGGCGUGUUACAGGCAGUCCCUGCUCCUGCUUGCAAGCAGCGAAAGCAAGUGUCGCCCUCUAUUACAUCGGCCACGCAACUAAGGCUGCUUUACGUGAUGCCAAUCUGUACAGGUUAUACGAAGAAAUGGAAAUGCCCAUUCUUGUGCCCCUUGCAAAGAUGGACUUGAAUGGGCUCGGAUUCUGUGAGAAACGAGGCGAGAGAGCUCGAGCUGGUCUACAAGGAGCACUUGACUCUCUGGCUGCCGAAGUGCACAAGCUGUACGGACAAAAGUUUCAGAUAUCGUCGUCUAAGGCAACCACAAAGGCUCUGCAUAAAGUACUGGAUCCUCUCCUCAAGUUUAAUGAGGAUUUGAGGAAGAUCAUGAGCACUGAGAACAACAUAACCAGCAAAGACGUGCUGCUACAGCUUGCAGCUUUUCACUCACUGCCAAAGAAAAUUGUCGAUUGGAGGAAGAUCAAUUCCAUUCUUAGCCGGAACUUGAACCCGGUGCUUCGUAACAAGGCCUUCUCUGAGCCACUGUCCAUGUACCGUGUGUACACAACCAGCAACACAUUCGUUGCAACUGGUCGUGUCAGUCUACACGAACCCAACUUGCAAGCCAUAGCACGUGACUUCGAAGCGAGCAUGGACGCACCCACGAUACUGUGUCUUCGAGACGCCUUUAUUCCUUUUGCUGGUUCGGUGCUGCUGUCUGCAGACUACUCGCAGUUGGAGCUACGGCUUCUGGCUCACUUCUCACGGGACAAAAGUUUAUGCUCUGUCUUCAGGAAAGGAGGCGACGUCUUCAAAGACAUGGCCGCACGCUUGAAGAGCAUGGAUGUAGCGCAAGUGACUGACCCUCUUCGGCAACAAGCCAAACAGGUGUGUUACGGAAUAGUGUACGGAAGAGGGUGCAGCUCGCUUGCAGAGGAACUCGGAAUGGACAGAGUCGAUGCAGAGAAGCUGGUUGCCGAUUUCCGCCGCACCUUUCCUGGUGCAUACAGUUACACAGAGAAAGUAAAAGAGCAGUGUCGAUCGUGUGGUUACGUGACAACCUUGCGUGGAAGACGGAGGUUGUUGCCCGAGAUUCUGAGUACGGACGCAUCGAGCAGGUCUCAUGCGGAACGUCAAGCUGUCAAUACCACCAUCCAAGGUUCGGCGGCAGACCUCCUCAAGACUGCAAUUUUGGCCAUCGACAGAGAACUACAGCGUGUUUUCUCAGAAUGCACUCGCACACACCGAACAAAAGGGUCUGCGUCUGUGCUGCCGACGUCCGGAGCAUUCCCGGUGCUUCAGCUUCACGACGAGCUCAUUUAUGAGGUUUGCCUCAAAGACCUUCGUCAGGUGGCUAGAAUAGUUAAGACCAAGAUGGAAGCAGCAGCACAACUUUUGGUACCUCUUGUGGUGAAGACAAAGACAGGCCUUUCGUGGGGCAGUCUGCGAGAUUACGAAUUUUGAUUUACUGGCCGACGCCACAGACUGAAAUGAUUUUUUUUUAUGUGCGGAUUUUACAUUAGAGUGAUAUUUUUAGCGAGCCUAACUUUUAAAUGAAAUUAUUGCAUGCGUGCAUGGCAUGGUGUACUACAGAUAUGAAACAGUACGAUGGUUAGAAGAUAUAUUUUGCAUGUUUUUAUUAUCAGGAUUGUCAUUAAAGAGAAGGUGAGGUUGAAUUUCA